GCGAUAGUUGCAGCAGCAGCUGAGAUCCCUGAAGCAGAGGGAUUUGACAUGUCAACAAAAGAGAUAAAUUAUCACCACACAGGCAUGUAAAUGUCUCCUGGUGUGGAAUAACCUGACAGGGAAACACGUGAACCUCCCUCCAAUCCAUCCUCUCCAGCAGCAUCGUCACCUGCAGUGUCCAUGACGACCCCUCCUCUCGUGUCACCUUUUGGCGGGCAGCCGCCACCUCAGCAGCAGCAACAGCAGCAGCAGGCUCAGGCAGCACGGGACGUCAACACGGCCUCGCUGUGUCGCAUCGGUCAGGAGACGGUCCAAGACAUCGUCCUCAGGACCAUGGAGAUCUUCCAGCUCCUCAGAAACAUGCAGCUGCCUAAUGGAGUCACUUACCACCCCAACACCCACCAGGACAGGCUGGGGAAACUCCAGGAGCAUCUACGAACGCUUUCUGUGCUCUUCCGCAAGCUGCGCCUCGUCUACGAUAAAUGCAACGAAAACUGUGCCGGCCUCGACCCCAUACCUCCAGAGCAACUGAUACCCUUUGUGGAAGAUGACGGCUCCAAACAUGAAGACCGAUCAGGUGGACAGAGCCGCUCUGCCAGUGAGGAAAGGAGAGAAAUCCUGGAGGUCAACAAGAAGCUGAAGCAGAAGAACCAGCACCUGAAACAGAUCAUGGACCAACUCCGCAACCUCAUCUGGGAGAUCAACUCCAUGCUGGCUGUCAGGAGCUGAGCCACACACACAAACACACGUGUACAAGGUGCAAUCAGAAAGUUUAGAGACGGUAUCUAUAAAAUCUUUAAAAGUAAAGUAGUCUUUACGACAGGCUGCAUCUCAUCCACAGCUUCCAAAUAACAGCUGUUGCUUAAUAUGAAGCUCAUUUUGUGAGCAAGGAUGAUCUAAGCAAACAGCUUGUAGGGACUUACUUGUUCAGCAACAACACGAGGCAUAGGGUGGGUAGUGGGUGUGUCAGUGUGGCCAAAGAACCUGUGCAAUGUCACCACGAACCACCGAGCUGCCGUCGUGCCAAAGUUUGUGUUGGUUGAAUCUUCUCCCUCAGGACAUUGCUGCAGACCUCAUUGACAGUUUGACACUGUGGAUGAAUUCACAGUGCACACACUGAAUGUUGAAGAAAACAAUGCAAAGCAUGCUCUUUGUUCUGCACUUCAUGCUUUGGCACUUUAGGUUCUUCUCCUGCAAAAACAACCUGUUUAGUUGUUAAGGCAAAGCAAAACAGCCAACUAAAAUCGAUGAUCUGCGAGACAGAUUUUGGCUCAUUCUGGAGUCUGUUGAUAGAUCUGCUUGCAGACUCUGAGACACUGUGCCUGUUUCACAGCAUAAAUGUGCACCUGCACGUGGAUACAAAAAUAUCAAUGACCCCUGACUCACAAAAGUUAAUUUAAUCACCCGUUCACAUUCACAUAAUCAAUGUCUCAGUCGAUUCUUUCUCAACAGGCACAAGCUCAGAUUUUUUUUGAUUGCACCUUGUAUGUAGGACAUCCACAGGUACACAUGGACUACAGAUAAUGGAUUGGUGAUGGGUUCUUAAACUGGAUCUAUGACAGGUUACCACAGACUGGCUGAAGCAGUGCUUCACAGAAGGAAUUGGUACUCUAGCAAUAUCAAAAGGCUUCUAAAAGAAGACAUUAAAGA